CCAUAGUUUUUCAUAAGAAUUUUACUUCAAGGUACUCUUCAUCUAUGAUUUGGUAGAUUUCUCCAACAUAUUUUACAACCCGUUUCUCCGUAUUAAAUUUCAUGAGUAUAAACUCUCCACAUUGAAAUUUCUGUCGUUUUUCAUUCUGCUUGUUGUCUUGAUUUUGCAUUUAUAGAUUAUCCUCAUUAUCACUGGGCUCUUUAUCCUCGGUCUCAAUAUCACUGGAUUCUUCUUCGAUCAGUUCUUUAUUCUCACUUUAAGAAGAAAGUUCCUAUUUAUUGGACUUUUUUUUUAACAAAUUCCUUUUGCUUAGAUUAUUGUACUGCCAUCGUGGUCUCGUCUGAUUUUCCUACUUCUCUCCUGGAGCAACAUUUAGUUUCUUCCAUCUGUCGGACUUACCGGGUUUUACAUUUCGUGUCGACUCAAACAUAUUUUUUGCCUCUAGUUCUACUAAUGUAGACCAGGAAAUCAAUCUUUCCCUAUGGGGACAGGUUCUGUAAUGAUCAGAAUCAGAAUGAAGAUCAUGAAAUGGAAGACAACCUCGAACAAGAAGAAAAAAAGUGAGCAAACUUCAAGAGACCGUUCAUUAAUUCGCCCUCCUGAAAGAUUCAACGACUUGAUCAUGACAGCCGUAGGGGAGAUAGAAAAAAAUGACUAUAAACCGUCACGUUUUAAAAAAGCCAUUACAUGUCAUCAAAAAGAUAAGUGGUUAGAAGCUAUUCAGAAUGAAAUGAUAUCACUAAAGGAUAAUACUACUUGGGAGAUAGUAGACUUACCGAAAAAUAGAAAAACACUUCCAUGUAUGUGGGUCUAUAAAGACAAAUCCAGAUGGUACCAUAGAACGCUACAAAGCUAGACUGGUAAUUAAAGGUUACUCACAGAAGAAGGGAGUUGACUACGAUAAAACUUCUAGUCCAGUAGCUAAGAUGAGCACAAUUAGAACUCUGUUAAGUGUAGCAGCCAAUGAAAGUAUGGUUCGUACUCAAUUUGAUGUCUUAACAGCAUUUUUAAAUGGUUCUCCUAGUGAAGAAAUAUUUAUGAGACAAGAUAAGGGUUUUAGUGAUGGACAGAAAAGGCCUGCAAGUUAAAUAAAAGUCUUUACGGAUCUAAACAGGCCCCAAGGUGUUGGAAUGAAUGUGUUUAUAAAUUUCUAGUGACUGUCGGCUUUAUACAGAGCCAAGCUGAUCCAUGUCUAUAUAUAAGAAGCUCAUACUUGCUUUGUAUGUAGAUGAUGGGCUUAUCGCUUCUUCUGACAAAACUGAUGCUCAAAUAUUUCUUGAAGAGCUGAGAGAAAAGUUCAAAAUUACAACAAAGCCAGCUUCGUAUUUUUUAGGUUUGGAAUUGAAUUUCAGGGAAGAUGAAUCCAUUGAAAUUAGUCAGAGAGCCUAUACGAAAAAAGUUUUAGAAAAAUUUGAUAUGACCAAUUGCAAAUCUGUAAAAAUCCCAAGCGUGCUAUUAAAAAAAUGGAAAUUUUCUUUUCUAGUAAGUUAAAUUUAAUGUGUAAUUAUUGUUGUUUGUAAGUCAGGAUUUAUGACUUUAUUAUUUUUUAAUAUAGAAUUUUGUAGGGGCGGCUUGAGACCAAAAUUUUGGGGGUUCACAGUAGCAGAAUAUAGAUCCCGGUAUAGAUAUAGGUAAAAAACUGUCAGUGUUUUUAAAAGGUAUAUUAUAAACUUUCUAAAACACUGAAAGUUUUUUCGUACAUCUGUACUGAUACCUAUAUUCUGUCACUAUGAAUCAGCCCACAAGCCGCCACUGGAAUUUUGUAAUUAAAUAAACUACACUCUGUAAGAUACGGGUUGUGACUAUUUACCAAUAAAUAUAUAUUAUUUAGAAAUAUAUACAUUAUUUAACUUACACUAGGAGCUUUAAAAAGACUUGGAUUUUUAUCUCCUUGUGUUUUUUUUUAAUUUUAUAUCGGAUUUAUAUCCCGCUUUUCAACCCGAAACGAAGCAAACCCUGCUUCGCCGUUUUUUGUUACUCAUUGUUACUUGUAGUCAGGUUCUUUAUUUCAGCUUAUUUUUAUUCUUUUCACUAAAUUUUACAAAAAUCACUUUAAUUCCCAUUGACUUGCAUAGAAAAUAGACGUCGUUAUUUUGCCACCCGCCAACAACAGUAGUUUUUCGGAACUCCAUAAAAAUAGGGACGGAAAUUUGAAAUUUGAUCGAGGCCGAUUCGCAUGGAUAAGUUGUUAUGACGUCUAAUAAACGCAUGGUACCAACUAUUACCCAGUCUGUUAUCGGUAAAACUAUUUAAUCUACGCCCUUGCCUAAGUAAAUAUUAUCUUUAUCUAAGGGAAAUCCCCAUUCCGCAGCAUAUAAAAUAAAAUUGUUUAGAACAGUUUCCUUCUCCUUUGUCAAUGAAGUCUGUCCUUCAUAAGUUUUCAUAUAUGUUUAUUAUGAAAUUUUCUAGUUCAUCUUUACUAAAAUCAUGGUAUUUCUGCUUAGCUAAUACUCUUUUAUAUUUAUUUGGUAUUUUCUCAAGUCAACCAAAAUCUGUAACAAAAAUUAACAAAUAUUAAAAUUAACAAAAGUGAGGUAUAGAACUCUUUAAGAAGGCAAUAAACUACUCUAAAAAAUAUAUUACAUGAAAUUUUCUCAUACUGAUACCUGAGGGUGAUCCUUAUUAUAUACUAUAUCAAAAAACAUGGUUUUCCUACCUUUUAUUCAGAUUUUUUUACAGGGUAAAUAAAAUAUCUAUUAACAAGUUUUUGCAGUUGAAAAUAUAAUUUUACCAUCGAAGAACACUUUACAAAUUUUAUGGAUGUUACAACUAUUUUCUAAUAGAUGGCAACAAUAGUUAAACAAAUAAUUCAGUGCUGUGUCAAGUCACCCACUUCUACUCAAUUUUCAAACACUCAAAUUGCAAAAGAUUUAGUAUGGUUAUGUUUGAGUCAUAUAGUGCAGCAAUUUGAAACAAUAUAUGAAACCAAACCAUGGUGAAAAAAGCUUGUCUGCAAACUUGUUUUGUUAGAAUGACUGAUACAGCCUAAUUAUUAUAUUACAGUUGCUUUUAUUGCAAUAAUAUUUUAUUAAAAUGUUUCUGUCUUAAAAUGACUUCCUAAUACUUCUAAAUAGCCGCCGUAUUUAACAAAAAUUCAAGACAGUUCUAAGCUAAAUUUUUUGGAGGUUUUACUAGUUUAUAAGAUAAAGCUAAAAUUACUAAAUAUUUAUUUAAAUUGAAUAUUAGAAAUGUGAAUCAAACACGAAGCGCUAAAAAAUUCGUAUUGUAUGUGUUAUAAAAUUAACCAUAAUUUUUGCCGUAUCCAAAUACGAUUUUAUUGUGGGUCAUAAAUUAUAUCUAAACCGCGUUAUUGACAACUCUUGGGUAGCUACUACCAUUUUAAUAUUAUCAUCUUAAAUUUCUCUUCUAUGACAAAUCUUAAAUUAAUGUGUUUUCCCCAGAUAUGUACAUUUAAAAAACUAAAAUGUUACUGAUUUUAAUAUGCAAUAUAACCUUAAAAUUAAAAAAUUAUAAAACAGUUAUAAAAGUUAAAAAAACUAACGGGUAACUUCAUUCAACAAACCUUAUACAACCAAAUAGUUCUGUUAUACUGCUUAUUACUGUUGAAAGAAUGUUCCAAAAAUGUUCUUAGCUAAUAUUCUGUUUUAUAAAUUUUGUUUUGUAAACAUUCUUUCAGCUUUUAUAAAAUAUUAAAUUGUUACUUGGGUGACCAGUAAGAAUAUUCUAACAAAUAAUGCUUAUUUGUUAUUUAUAUUAAUAUUAUUUUUCAUUAUCAUGUUACUUUAAAAUAAUACUAUAUGCAUCUCUACAUUUUAAUUUAUUUAUUAGAUGUAAUGGCGUCCCCGUCGAUC